GCGGCUGCAGCCAUGCCUGGUCUGCUGCUAGGAGAAAUCUUUCCUGACUUUGAGGCGGACACAACUAUUGGCAGAAUCAAGUUUCAUGAAUUCCUGGGGGGCUCAUGGGGUGUUCUUUUCUCACACCCACGGGAUUAUACCCCUGUCUGCACCACCGAGCUAGGACGUUGUGUAAAGCUUGCUCCGGAGUUCAAAAAACGCAAUGUUCGCAUGAUUGCCCUGUCAAUAGACUCUGUAGAGGAUCAUCUCGGCUGGAGUAAGGACAUCAACUCUUAUAACUGUGAUGAGCCCACAGAGACACUACCCUUUCCUAUUAUUGCUGAUCCCAAACGGGAUCUGGCUGUAAAACUUGGUAUGCUUGAUCCUGAUGAGAAGGACAUGCAGGGGAUGCCAGUGACUGCAAGAUGUGUUUUCAUCAUUGGCCCUGAUAAGAAAAUGAAGCUUUCUAUUUUGUAUCCAGCCACCACCGGAAGGAAUUUUGAUGAAAUCCUAAGAGUCGUGGAUUCCCUUCAACUGACUGCAGUCCAUAAUGUUGCGACUCCAGUGGAUUGGAAGCCUGGUGAUCGAGUCAUGGUUCCCCCAAAUGUUCCUGAAGAAGAAGCCAGUAAACUAUAUCCAUCUGGCGUUUUUAACAAAGCGCUCCCUUCUCGCAAGAAUUACCUGCGAUACACUGCACACCCACAAUAAGCAGAAAUAAAAUAUUUUUUGAAUGAUUUACUUUAUCACCAACAGUAGUGAUUCAUUCAUAUGCAUGAUUGAUCUUCUGAAGGUAGAAUACUUAGUAAAAGUCCACAAAACAGAUGUAUAUCCUGUGAUUUUUUUUUUUGGUAAACAUAAACAACUCUGGAAUCCAUCUGGAGAGGGUCUAAAACAUUUGCACGCAGAGUACUGUCUUGAAAGAGUCUGUUGACUUCUAGGACAAUGGCACAUGCAGAGAUCAAUUGCCUGUGCGAAAUGUAAUGGUCCUGUUGGUGACAAGUGCCAGAGAAUACCUUUAACUUUGAUAGUAUGGGAAUUGCUGCAUCAGAUUACAUUCUGCUUAUGUCAGAUUCCAUUCUGUAAUCUGACAUAAGGUUUAAUAAAUUUGGGUUUGAUGGCUUAUGAAUGAUUUUAAAUAAAUUCCAAUUUCCAAUAUUCUUUCAACUCCUGUUCAGGUAUUUUCCUCUAGUGCCUUUCGAGAAAGCCAGCAGGCACAUUAUUACUUUGCCAAAGAUUUUAUUAAUACCUAUGCAUAUGUGUGACAACAUUCUUGCAUUCCUCUUGUAAUCCUUUUUUUCCCUAUGAAAUAAAUCUUGUAUUUGAAUUAUAAA